AUGGAUGCAAAUAUAUGUAAAAGGUUCAAAGAUGUAUGGGAAUGGAUUUCCGAUGAAUUGAAUGGAGGAAAAUAUCAAUUUAAUGAUAAUGAUUCUUUAAAUAAUAAAUUUUCAAAUAAUUAUUGUAAUAAUGAUGAUUUUUCAGAUAGUUAUUGUGAUAUGAAUUUUCAAAAUGAUUUCUAUAAAAUAAGUGCUGGAUGUUUAUAUUUGCUUAAUGAGUUUUUUCGUGAUUCUUCUACGUUCAAGACGGUUGCAAAAAGUAACAUCAAUAUUGUUGAUUACAUUAUGAUAUGGUUAAGUUAUAUGUUAAACCUGACUAAUAGUGAAGAAAAAAACAAUAUAACGUGUUUUUAUAUUGCAUACAUGAAUGAUUGUGAUAAGUAUAACAAGGAAAUAAAUGAAUUAACUGAUUAUAAGAGUUAUAAGGAUCUGUUAGAUAAAAAAAAUGAGGUGUUGAAUAUGGAUAGUAAUGAUGCAUCUAAAUUUUAUAAAGCAUUUAAAUUAUUAUGUGAAAUGUAUACUGGAUUUGAUGAAAACACAUCAAAUUGCACAAAUUGUUUGGAAAAAGCUGAAGAAUUUGUUAAAAUACAUAAAGAACUUAAUGAUCCUAAUAAUGCUAAAUAUAUCGGCUAUUGUCAAGCAUUUUCUACAUUAUCAAAUGAUUAUAAGAAUUUAAAAAAUAAAUAUAAUUCCCUUCCAGAGAUAGAUACAAAAGAAACUGAUGCAAUAUGUUCUGAAAAAAAUUCAAAACAAGAUUCUGAACAGCUUUAUGCACAAGGUUAUGAAGAUACAUCAUCAAGUUCGUCGAUAGCAAGCAAAUUAAUUCCGGUUUUAUUGAUAUUUGCUGCAAUACCAAUUUUCUUGGGAAUUUCUUAUAAGUAUUCGUUAUUUGGAUUUCGGAAACGAUUUCAAAAACAAAAAUUAAGAGAAAAGCUAAAAAAUGUAAAGAAGAGAAUGAAUCAUUAA